AUGGGUUCUUCUGCUCUCUACAGAGCAUCAAAAACCCUAAAAUCACAAAAAUACUUCUCUCUACUACAUACAUAUUCCAAAUUCAAUCCAUUCCCUUCUGCAUUUACAUUAAACGACAACAGUUUUGGACUAGCCCGUGAUUUCUGCUCCAAUUCGCGCCAAAACAGCAUCGAUUUGAGCCAGUACCCACCUGACAAAAUCAGAAACUUCUCUAUAAUCGCUCACGUUGACCAUGGGAAGUCAACUCUUGCUGACCGGCUUUUGGAGCUCACUGGGACUAUUAAAAGAGGGCAUGGCCAGCCUCAGUACCUCGAUAAAUUGCAGGUAGAGAGAGAAAGGGGAAUAACAGUUAAAGCACAGACAGCUACUAUGUUUCACAAGUGCAACAACAAUGGCUCAGACAUUAAUGAUGUGGACAAAGCAGCGAAAUUUCUACUAAAUUUAAUUGACACGCCUGGUCAUGUCGAUUUUAGUUAUGAAGUAUCCAGAUCCUUGGCUGCUUGCCAGGGUGCACUUUUGGUUGUUGAUGCUGCACAAGGGGUUCAGGCCCAAACUGUGGCUAAUUUCUAUCUCGCUUUUGAAUCUAACCUUGCUAUAAUACCUGUCAUUAACAAAAUUGACCAGCCAACUGCUGAUCCUGAUCGCGUCAAAGCUCAACUAAAAUCGAUGUUUGAUCUUGAACCCAGUGAUUGUCUUUUGACAUCUGCCAAAACAGGGCUGGGUCUUGAGCAAGUUCUUCCCAGUGUGAUAAAGCGGAUACCUCCUCCUCCUGGGAAUAGUAAUUCACCUUUGCGUAUGCUUUUGUUGGAUUCUUACUAUGAUGAAUACAAGGGAGUGAUUUGCCAUGUUGCCGUUGUGGAUGGUGUGUUGCGGAAAGGGGAUAAGAUUUCAUCUGCAGCAACUGGUCAUGCAUAUGAAGUUGCAGAUGUAGGGAUCAUGCAUCCUGAACUUACUCCAACUGGAGUUCUUCUAACUGGACAGGUGGGGUAUAUUGUUAGUGGCAUGAGAUCAACCAAAGAAGCACGUGUUGGAGACACCCUACAUCAUAACCGAUUCAGUGUAGAACCUCUACCAGGUUUUAAGCCUGCAAGACAUAUGGUGUUUUCUGGUCUCUAUCCAGCAGAUGGAUCUGAUUUUGAUGCACUGAACCAUGCUAUAGAGAGACUGACAUGCAAUGAUGCCAGUGUCUCUGUUACGAAAGAGAGUAGUUCUGCACUUGGUCUGGGUUUUAGAUGUGGUUUCUUAGGCUUACUUCACAUGGAUGUUUUCCAUCAGCGUCUUGAACAAGAAUAUGGAGCUCAUGUGAUUUCUACCGUUCCUACUGUUCCGUAUAUUUUUGAGUAUUCUGAUGGAAGCAAAGCACAAGUUCAGAAUCCAGCUGCGCUGCCCUCUAAUCCCAAAACCGAGUUACAGCUAGCUGGGAACCUACAAUAUGUGGGGCCUGUUAUUACCCUUUGCUCUGCACGGAGAGGCCAGCAGUUGGAGUAUUCAUUUAUGGACAGCCAACGGGCCUUUAUGAAGUAUCGACUGCCUUUGCGGGAAAUUGUUGUUGAUUUUUACAAUGAGUUAAAGAGUAUCACGUCAGGAUAUGCAUCAUUUGACUAUGAGGAUUCAGAAUAUCAGGAAUCUGAUUUGGUGAAACUUGAUGUUCUCUUAAAUGGACAACCAGUUGAUGCUAUGGCAACUAUUGUUCACAAAUUGAAGGCACAACGUGUUGGUCGUGAACUGGUGGAGAAGCUGAAGAAAUUCAUAGACAGGCAAAUGUUUGAGAUAACAAUCCAAGCUGCAAUUGGAGCUAAAGUUAUUGCAAGGGAGACGGUUUCGGCUAUGCGAAAAAAUGUUCUUGCAAAGUGUUAUGGUGGAGAUGUUACUCGAAAGAAAAAGCUAUUGGAAAAACAAAAGGAAGGUAAAAAGCGAAUGAAGCGCAUUGGUUCCGUUGAUAUACCUCAGGAGGCUUUCCAUGAAUUGUUGAAAGUGUCUUAG